AUGCCCCAGCCUGAGCAGUCUGAGCAGCCUGAGCAGCUCGGCCCCCUGGCCACCGCCUUCAAGGACCUCCCCGCCGACGCCCACCCCGAGCAGUGGAACGCCUUCUACGAGCAAGCCCACCACCCCUGGGACCGCGCCGGUCCCUCCCUCGCCCUCAAGGACCUCCUCCUCCAGCGUCCCGACCUCGUCCCGCCGCCCAGCCCCGGCGCCACCGCCCUCGUCCCCGGCUGCGGCCUCGGCCACGACGCCCUCCUCCUCGCCAGCCUGGGCUACGACGCCUGGGGCCUGGACGUGAGCGAGACGGGCCUCGCCAUGGCCCGGCGGAACGAGCAGGCCCAGCGGGACGAGGGCUACGAGCAGUACCCCGUGCGCGAGGGCCACGAGCGGGGCCGCGUGCACUGGGUCCGGGGCGACUUCUUUGCCGACGACUGGGCUGCUGGCGCGGGCGGCCCCUUUGACCUCAUCUUUGACUACACCUUUCUCUGCGCCCUGCCGCUCGACCUCCGGCCACGCUGGGCCAAGCAGGUCACCCACCUCCUCGCGCCGCGGGGCCGCCUCGUCUGCCUCGAGUUCCCCGUGGGUAAGCCGCACCGCGACAUCGGCCCGCCCUGGGGCCUCAACCCCGAGGUCUACGAGGCCCUGCUCGCCACGCCCGGCGAGCCGCUGCACUACGACGCCCGGGGCGACGGCACCGUCGUCAGCGCCCCGAGCCCCAAGCCCCGGGACGACGCGCUGCACCGCCUGAGCCUCAUCAAGCCCCUGCGGACGCACAAGGCCGGCUACUACGAGGACGGCACGGUGCGGGACUUUGUGUCUGUGUGGUCGCGGUAG